UGUGUUGCAGGAGCGCGUGGCGCUGUUGCUCGUAACUAGGCAGCAGCGCAUAUCUGGCAACCCACUGUAGCGGAGAGCAACGGAUUGCAUUCUGCCAGUGUAAUAUCAACAUUGGAAAGGACGCAGUCAAAAUAAAGAGAUGGCAGUGAAUGUAUACGCCACAUCAGUAACGAUUGAGAACCUGAGCCGUCAUGACAUGCUGGCGUGGGUGAACGACUCCCUUCAGCUCACCUACACCAAGAUUGAACAAUUAUGUUCAGGGGCAGCUUAUUGUCAGUUCAUGGACAUGCUGUUCCCAGGGUGUAUUCUUUUAAAGAAAGUGAAAUUUCAAGCAAAGCUGGAAACGGAGUUUAUUCACAACUUCAAAGUACUCCAGGCAGCUUUCAAGAGGAUGAACGUUGAUAAAAUAAUUCCUGUGGAAAAAUUAGUGAAAGGAAAAUUCCAGGACAACUUUGAAUUCAUCCAGUGGUUUAAAAAAUUCUUUGAUGCCAAUUAUGACGGAAAAGAGUAUGAUCCCAUUCAAGCUAGGCAGGGCCAAGAUGUGGCGCCUCCACCAAAUCCAGGUGAACACUUUUCCCACAAACCCAAGAGAACUGGUUCCUCAGGGCCUCAGAGAACAUCGCCAACAGUACCUAAAAACAUGCCCACACCACAGAGGGUGACCACCACCAUAAGGAAGAACCCCACACAUACCCGAAAUGGGGGAAGUGAUGCUGAAAUCAUGGAGCUUAAUCAACAGUUGAUGGAGCUGAAGUUAACUGUAGAUGGUCUGGAGAAGGAGAGAGAUUUCUACUUCAGCAAACUUCGAGACAUUGAGCUGAUCUGCCAAGAACAAGAGGAUGAAACCAACCCCAUUAUCAGUAGGAUAAUUGACAUUCUGUAUGCCACAGAGGAUGGCUUUGCCCCACCAGAAGAUGAUGAAAUAGACGAGCAGGCCCACUUGGACCGGGACGAAUUCUGAACAUCAUCGUGACCCUUCACCAUUUCCUCUCCCUACCACUUUGAAUGGCUCCCCUCUAUUGCACGCUGUUAAUAUCAUCUCAGUUUCCUACAAAUCUGUGGGCUCACCAUAUAUACUCUAAAUAUUUGUCCUCUGACGCUGGUUUAUGCACUACAUACGUAUCAACAAACACUCGCCGUCCUCACCCCCAUCCAGUCAGUAGCACCAACCACGACACAUCCUAGCCGUCACAGCAUGUUUUACAAAUCGACAUAGAGAAUGAACAAAAGAAAAAGGUAUUACAGAAUGUGGGUAGCACAACUACCUGAAAAAUGUAAAUAUUUGAGAUGAGAAAGACGUUUUUAAAGACAUUUUUUCAUACACAUUUUCUUUAAGGUUUGUCUCGGCUCCAUUCAGUAUGAAAUGAUCAGUAUCAUGCCAUCCAUCUGAGUCUCCAGCUUCAGUCUGCCUCUCUCACUGACUGACUGUACACUUUUAAAGGAAAUGAUCACACAGAAAUGACUAUUCUGUUAGCAGUUUCUCACUCUCAUGUUGUUUCAAACCCGAAUGACUUUCUGUCAUGGAACAAAUGAAGGCUUUUCGUUUCCAUAGAAUUACAGCAAAUAGAGACUAAAGCUUUCAAUCUUGAAAAAGGACACAAAUGAACCAUAAAAGUGGUCCAUUUAAUGCAUACACUAUAUUCCUGGUCUUCUUAAAGCUUUUUAUGAGCUUCGGGUACAGCUGUGACCAGGUGAUCAUUGAGUUAAUGAAGCUCAUGAAUUCUAAUGAAAGCAGCAACUAGAGCUAGAGAAGAUGUCAAGAUUUUCAGUGAAUAACUUUCAUUUCAGUCUGUAUAUCACACAAAGGUAUCAGAAUCUCCAGAAAACUUGGAAUAGAGCACACAAGUUAAAUGCACAAUUUUUAUGAUUUUUAAGGUGCUUCUGUGUCCUUACUGAAGCUUAAAAGCUUUGGUUUCCAUUCAUUGUAUGUCAUUGUACAACCAAAGUAUCAUACAUGUUUGGAAUGACAUGAAGGUGAAUAAAUAAUGACAGAAUUGCGUUUUUUAUGGAACUAUCUUAAAUGACUAAGAAUAGCAGACACUAUGAGAAACCCAGAAAUAUCAAACUUAAAGAUUUUGAUGUCAAGUUUGUCAGUGACAUGAUGGAAAUAAAUGCUGAGCUGCAGAGAGGACUUUUAUACUUUUAAUUAACUGAAUGAGCCAGUGACGUUAAUUGAUAAUAAUAAUAAUAAUAAUAAACAUUAAAAUAUGUCAGCAAGGCUUUAAAAUUUAACUUAUGGCACAGGUUGUUUUGCUUGUACCCAGGGAGCAUGUAAAUGUUAUGUAUUGACAACUGAUGAGUGAUGGUUUGAAAAUCAUAUUUUUCUGUUGUGCUUGAUUGUGACAUUAUUCUAACACGUCAUAGACUGCAAAAUGGAAACUCACUAAAUGGAUGGAAAGUUGUAUUACCGUCAUACUUAACUAGAGUUCAUAUUCAGCCAUUGAGCAUGAGGGACAGUACUCAUUGUUACUGCGGACAUUUUAUUUUAGUGGCAGUCAAACAUGUGAUACUACUGAUCAGAUGAUGUCAUGUCGAAUUGAACUGACGUUUGCUGCUAGAGUUGCUGCAUUUAUGUGUUUUGUUUUGUAUUUAUUUCGCUCAGCUAUUGAAUAGCAUAUGGGCUGUGCAUUCUUAACUGUAAGUCAUAUCAGAUUUGUACGGAGCCCCGCACAUGACAUGCAAGAAAAAAUAGUUGGCUAAAUCGUGUGCACAAUUUACUAAUUAGUUCCCUCAAUGUAUUAAAACGUGCACACGAUUACUAUUGCGUUCACAUUUUAGUACAUUGAGGGAACGAAUUGGUAAAUCGUUCGCACAAUUUAUUUAUUUUUUCUUGCAUGUCAUGUGCAGGGCUCAGUAGAUUUGUAAAAAGCCCUGAUCAAACUAAACAGAGACGCUAGAUGUCAUUUGUUUGAAUCUACUUCUCUCUGUGUUGAGAACCUGAGUCAUCUUGUAUUGUCUCAGUAUAUGGCUAUAAUUGUGUUUGCAUAAAUCGUUUUGAGUAAAUAAACAUUCGUGAAAAUA